AGGCGAUACAACACGGUGUCAAAUGCAAGUCUUCAGAUCAUUAACGCCCGACUGUAAAACCUGCCACAGCCUAUUUAAGGACAGACCUAACAGCCAAGGAAAACUUUUUCAUAAGGACCAAAAGGGAAUAUCAGAUAUAAUGGGAAUGUAUUCUAAACGUUAUAUAAUAACAUAGAUAUUGUGUUGCAAAGAAAUCUGGAUACAUUUUCAAAGAGCACACGAGCAACACACACGGGAAUUGUGGAAAUUUUCCAGCUUGCAGUGAGUCUCUGCACGCUCCUCCCAAACGGAGGGUAGUUCAUCACCGCGCUCACACAUCCUUUGUAUACAAACGUGAGCACAUGGGCUGUAAAUUUAUGCGCCUGCGGAGUAUCUUAUGGGAUCAUUUGUGCGCCUCUAACCAUUGCGAAAACACACCUGUUUUCUUCAGCAAGACGUCGCAAAUUCAAGAUGCCAGAUCGGCACCAUAUCCGCACAAGACGCGAUUCAUCGCAUUGCUGUAGCGGGCGCUGCCUGGGGCCUCUCUCGUUCUACACGGGGGCCACGGGGGCCAGGGUGACCCUGAGCUUGGACGCCCGGCGGGCAGAGCGGGUUGGAAACACCUUCCGGGAUGGGUUGGUCUUCAGCAGUCGGCCCGUGAGGGUGCAGGAGCGGGUACGCCUGCGUGUGGAGCGCUCCGCCCCGCAAUGGCACGGCGCACUGCGCCUGGGUUUCACUGCCGUUCGGCCGACGUACCGGACCCUGCCCUCCUUCGCCAUCCCCCACCUCACCGAUACGCCCGGGUACUGGGCCGGUAUCGUACCCGAGGUAUGCUCCCAUCCUGGAUCCGAACUGCAGUUCUGGGUCACGCCACACGGAGAGCUAAAGCUGAAGGUACUAGGGACAGAGAAGAUCUUGCUGAAAGGUGUGGAUGUGAGACAGCCACUGUGGGCCAUGAUCGACGUGUAUGGCCAGACUUCCGCAGUUCUCCUGUUGGGUUCCAAGAAAAAGAAUUUGUUUUCUGUCCAAACGUCUUGUCCCGUCCCAGUGCCACCUCCAAUCUCCUCAAGGGACAGAAUGACAUCUGACAUCAAUGGCAACAUCUUUCCUUCUUAUACGACUUUGAACCUGGAGUCUCUAUGGCCACCUACGGACCCCUGGUACCCCAUCUCUGACAAUGGGCAUAUCACAGGAGGUUCCGAAAACUGCGUUGUCUGUCUCUGCCAGAAGUCCACGGUCAUUCUUCGCUGCGGACACCAGUGCCUCUGUCUCCAGUGUGCGGACAGGGUUUUUGCCAUCUUUAGGGAGUGUCCUCUGUGCCGGGAGCCAUUCACGGACCUUCUAGAUGUCAGCCUGGCUCCCAGCUAACACCUCGCUCCACGAGGAGGACUUGGAAUACAGAAGGGAUGUUCCCAAUCAGUGUGUUGGGAGAAUGCCAGCUGAGCCAUUGAAUGUAAUCUCCCAUUACGGUUUAUCAUUUACAGAUUUGCCUAACAAAGAAUGGAGACAAGUAAGCACUUUGGUUUUAUGGAUGAACCUCGUGACUACUAACUAAACCAAUAUGCUGACUGAGAAGGCAGGAUCAGAUAUACUCUCACUUUACCAUCUGUGUUUAAUAAUGAAUUGAAUAGCAGUCUAUCAGUUUGAUUGCAGCACUGACCCAGUUACAUAUUGUCAAACUCUUCUACCUCCAGCGCCUGAUAUUUUAGCUUUAUCUCCAGGGCCCUCGCAUCGACCCUUAGCAGCUAGUUUCAUACAAACCAGGACUCUCCACAAUCUCCAUCUUUUAUUAAGUGAGGACAAUACAAUUUUAGAGCUGUUUUAAUGACAGAAGAUUUACAUAAUGUACAUCCAUCCAUAAAUGUUCUGCGACUGUUCAUGCAGUUCAAGAUCACAGGCAGCCUGGAACACAUGAUGUGAGUCAGAGGAUACAGAUGAAAUAUACAUAUAACUUUGUAAAGCUUGAACUGCAGUUAAUAAGUGAAAAAUUGCAAUCGGUAGCUAUCAUUUUGUUAUUAAUGCAACUAAAAUUGUAUUUUCAUUUGAAUCGUGGAAUUAAGAAAACUUAAAUUGACUGUGAAAAAGCAAAUGGAAUGCAUUUAUAUUGUACAUAAUUGUACAUAUUGUAUAAUUUAUAUAAUUGUAAUGAAAUGUAUUUUUGAAUAUAUGAAAAAUGGUUAAUUAUGUCACUUGGAUCAAUAAGAGCAACUGUGCAUAAUAUUUUUUCAACGGGUAACUUUCAUUGCGUGCAAUAAAGCGUCCACACAAACUGCA